AUGAGUUCCAGCAGGAAGAAGAUGCCUGACACGAUCACGCAUACGAGCUCGGGCAGGGGUGUGAAGCUUCUGUAUAGCAAGUCAAAGGUCUACGUUCACCCCACCCCCUCCCAGCGCGACAACAUCCCCGGCUUCAUAGCCCUCCUACAACAAAAGCCGCCGCCCUCCCUCCACUCCGAGAGCAGCCCCGAAUCCACGCCCUCCUCCCUACUCCUAACCUGGCUGCCCGAGUCCGCGCUCGGCGACGCCUACGACACAUAUGUCAAGGUCGACCUCAUCGGCGACGAGCACCCACCGCGCACGUCCUACCUGGUCCCGCCGCCGCCCACCGGCACCUCGCUCUCCAACUACGCCUUCGCCGUGCCCGUGUCGCAGAUCUACAGCCUGCUCAUCCGGCCGCCGAACCUGGGGUGGUGGUGGGGCAGCGUGGUGGUCAACACGCGCGGCGGGGACUCGUUCCCCGCGCUCUUCUUCCACGACAGCGAGUGCGCGAGCACCAUUGCGCAGAGCAAGAAGCGCGCAAAGGCGAACUUUGACCCGUUUGGAGAGGAUGGCGGGCUGUUCUGGGGCGGCGACGAGGUGCUGAGAUGGCUGAGGCGGUUUGUGAGGGUGGAGCGGAGCGAGGUGGAGAAGAGCUUGUAUCUGGUGGAUCCGAGCAAGGAGGACCUGACGAGCUUCAUCCAUAAGCCGAUUGGCACGAUUGGCGUGGAGCGUGCGGAUGAGGGGGGCAGCAGCAGCGCUGGUGCGGGGAUGGACCCGCUGACGAAGGCGUGGAAGGAGGCGAGGUGGAGCUUCUUGGAAAGGUUCACGAGGGUGACGAGGUUCACGCGGCGGACGGCGGAGGAGAUUCUGGACAGUGGGGCGGUGCCGCCGGUGGUGAAGAGGCUGCUAAAGAACCCAGAUGUCGUUAAUCUGCAGGAUGAGUUUGACUCUGCCCGGCUGUAUCUCGCGAGGUGGGCCAUGGGCAUUGCGGAGCAGAGCGAGCGCGACCAGGGACGGGUCGUGUGGACGAAUCGGGACAUCAUGGAGCUCGAGGACUCGGCGGUCGGUGAGUUUGAGAUCCUCGAUAUCGAGUCGGGGCAGGACGCGAAGCCGGUCACGAUGCAGGAGUGGAACCGCUGGCUGGAUAGCACGGGGAGACUCGUGGUCACGGAGAUGGAGGUGAAGGAGCGUAUCUUCCAUGGCGGGAUUGAGCCCGGUGCGGCCAGGAAGGAGAUCUGGCUGUGGCUGCUGGAUGUGUAUCCGUGGGACAGCACGCGGGAUGAGAGGACCGCUAUCAUGAAUAGCAAGCGCGACGAGUAUGUUCGUCUUAAAGGUAAGUGGUGGGACGACAUUGACCGCCGCAACGGCGACGAGUACUGGCGCGACCAGAAGAAUCGUAUUGAAAAAGACGUCCACCGCACCGACCGCAACGCCCCCAUCUUUGCCGGCGAGGACAUCCCGCACCCAGACCCGGACUCGCCCUUCGCAGAGGUCGGCACAAACGUGCACAUGGAGCAGAUGAAAGACAUGCUCCUCACCUACAACGAGUACAACACCACCCUCGGCUACGUGCAAGGCAUGUCCGACCUUCUCGCACCCAUCUACGCCGUGCUCCAAGACGACGCCGCCGCCUUCUGGGCCUUCGUCGGCUUCAUGACGCGCAUGGAGCGCAACUUCCUUCGGGACCAAAGCGGCAUGCGCGCGCAGCUCGUGACGCUCGACCACCUGGUGCAGCUGAUGGACCCGCCGCUGUACGCGCACCUGCAGAGCGCCGACUCGACAAACUUCUUCUUCUUCUUCCGCAUGCUGCUCGUGUGGUACAAGCGCGAGUUUGCGUGGGACGACGUGCUGCGGCUGUGGGAGACGCUGUGGACGAGCUAUCUGAGCAGCCAGUUCCACCUGUUUGUGGCGCUGGCCGUGCUGCAGAAGCAUCGCGGGGUGAUUAUGGAGCAUUUGAAGCACUUUGAUGAGGUGCUGAAGUAUGUGAAUGAGUUGAGUGGGACCAUUGAGUUGGAUGUGGUGAGGGCGAGGGCGGAGAGCCUGUUUAGGAGGUUUCAGCGGACGGUGGAGGCUGUGGAUAGAAAGGCGGGAGUGGUGCCGGCGCCGGGGACGGCGGUGAGGAGGAGGACUGCGGGGAGUGUGGGGAGCUCGAGUGCUGGUGCGGCGAGUGGGAGUGGGAGCGGGAGUGGGGCGCAGGUGGUGGGUAAGGGGAAGGAGGUGAAGAAGGAGGGGCCGGCGGUGGUCAUUAGUCCUGAGUUGAGGGCGCUGUUGAGCAGAGAGGUGAUUAGGCCUGAUGUUCAAGCGGCGCCGGCAACCGCAAAUUAG